AUGAUGCACCAAGUCGAGCACUCAAAAACCACCAAUGUCUCACCGAACCAUAAACGACCCUUUCAUAGAGAUGAUGACGAAAGUUGCAACGACGAGGAGGAAGAGGAUGGGAUUAAUCACUUGGAUGAUCUUUCCGAAAUGUCUCUCAUGAAUCGAAGCAACCAAUUAUUUUUAAAUGACAAUUCUUCGAACAUGAAUAGGAUCGCCAAAGAGCAUAACAACCAUGAGGGUUCAUCGUCUUCAUCUGUUCCAAUGAUGAUGGCGAAUAAUCAUGAAAGUACAAUUUUAGAGCCACCUCGAAAGAAGAAAAUUUCACACAGUCAUUCCGAUCACCACAACAAUAAUAAUUACCCAAUUUCAUCAUCCAUUCACGAAAAUCAACAAGAAUCGAGUCAUCGCGAGCACAUGAUGACUUUACCCAAUCACAAAUUUCAAAAAUUAUUUUCACAACCAAAUUCAAUAUUUCAAUUAAUUUUUAAAAAUCAAUGGAAAACAUUAUACGAAUUUAUUGAAGAAUUAUUUUCAAAAUAUUCAUGGAUCCAUUCCACAAGUGAAAUUUCUCAACACAUUUCAUCCAUCCAUGACACUCAACAAUUUGAAAAAAUUUCACAACCAUCAACCACCAUCUCAUUGAAACAACGAUUACAACAUUUAUCACCCAAAUAUAUUCAAAUGUUAAAUCAACAUUUCAUUGCCAUUCCACCAGAUGCUCCAAAUUUGGAACUCACUCUUUCUAAGGCUGCAUUGGAAUAUUCACAAGAAUGUUCAAGUGUACGAGUACCAUCACUGAUGAGUGAUCAUCCAAGUGUACGAGUACCAUCAUUACGUGAUGAAUCUUCCAUUCUUCUUUCAAAUCCUCAUUUUCAUCUCAGUUUUAGACAAACUUGUAACAUUUCAGAAUUGGUGGAUCGAAUCAUUGAAAGUAUUUUUGCAGAAACAAGUUCACAAAAUGAAAAACCAAAACAUGUCUUGUGUUUUGGAUUUGCUAAAAUUAGACCCAAUGCAGCACAUGGAAUCUCGACCAUGACUACGGUUCAAUCAUUUUUUCCAAACUCGAUCAUUGAUAUUGUGAAAAGUCAAGAAUGGGAAAUAUUAUUAUCUCUUGUUGGAGAUUGUGUGAUGAGUUAUAUUUUGAGAUAUUGUAUCGUAUUAAAAGGAACAAUACCACGAAAUAGUUUUCUUCAAAUUUGUGGAAAACCAUUGUAUCAUUAUUGCCAAAAUCUGAAAGAAAAGAAGAAACCACUUGCAGCACAUUCAUUAAAAUUAUUUCAAGAAUUUGAGGAAAUUAUGAAGGACGAGAGAGAAUUAUAUAAUGAGAAUGAUCACCUGAGAAAUUCACAGGUCAUGAUGAUGAAUGUGCGUUCGGACAUUCACGAAUUGGAUCAUCAUCAUAGUAGUAGUAGUAACUCGCACUCAUUAUUCAAGAAAUUAUCAACACUUUCGCACGAGAAGGAAGAGGAGGAGCUCGAAGAGGAGAUGCACGAACAAGACGAUCAUGAUCCUUCCAAACCAUUACUUCUCGUAUCAGAAUCUGCGCUUCAUUCUCUAUUUUUGGACGAGUUGGAAGAUCAGCAACACCUAAUCGUUAAUCCCAUCCAUACUACCACCACCACUACUACUACCAAGACUACUACUGAGACUCAAGACGAUCGUAUGGUACUCGAGUUUCAUGAUGAACAUGUCGAGGAUGAUCAUGUUGUGAUGCAUGUGAUUCCUCCUCGGCGACAACGACGACACCAACGACAACGUAAUGGAAAUGAUACAUACAGUAUUUCUGAAUGUUUUAUUCCUCGACAAGUCAUGUUCUAUUCGAAUAAGAAGACACCUGUAUUGGGAUUUCCACAGAAACACAUGUUCAAUACGAUGGAAAGAUCGAUUGAAGGUGCAAAGAAAUUAUUUAAUUUUAUUUUUUAUGGUAAGAGAGAACAACCUGAUAAAAGACAUGUCAAAGGUUAUGGUUUUCUCUUAGAAUUACUAUUGGAAAUGAAACAUUGUCAAGUGAAACAUCUCAAAUCGACUCCCUAUCGACUCUCUCAUUAUUGUCCAUUGAAAAGAAUUCAAAAAAAGAAAAUCAUUUCAAAUACCAUUUCCAUUUCACAUGCUGAACAACCACUCCUUUAUAAAAAGAUUGAAGAUAAAAAUAUCAACAAGCAUGGAAGUAGUAAUAUGGUAUUGAGAAUGGAACAAUUGUUAUGUACUCAAGAGGAGAAUGAUGGCACCAUGAUGGUCAUGGAUACUCUCAAUUCCUCUCGUACAGUGCGUGAUGAUGAUGCUGAUACGAAUAGUAAUAGUAGGAACAUUACCAUUGCACCACAAAUAGAAAGUGAAGUCAUGUUAAAUUCUUCAGAACAAUUUGAAAAUUUAGUGAACAUGACUCAAUCCUAUGAUAAGGUUUCACAAUUUAUCAAAUCGACAUGUAAAAAAUUAAUACCCUUUGAAUUAUUUGGAUCUCAACACAAUAUGAAUGUGAUCUUUCAUAAUAUUGAUAGAAUUGUAUCAUUGGGAAGAUAUGAAACAUUAACAUUACAUGAAUUAAUGCAAAAUAUUAAGGUGAAUGAUAUGAAAUGGACGAUUCGAAAUCCAUCAAAGAAUUCUACUACUGCAAUUAGUACUAUUACUGCUCACUCUUCGCAUCGGUCAGUCGAUGUCUUGCAAUUCAAAAAACAAACAUUUAUGGCUCAACAAUUUAUUCUAUUUUUAUUCAAACAUAUUAUUAUGGUAUUAUUAAGUACACAUUUCUAUAUUACUGAAAGUGAUCAACAUCGAACAAAAUUAUUAUAUUUUAGAAGAGAGACUUGGGAAUAUAUUAAUCGAGUAUCAUGGUCAAAAAUUAAUAAUCAAGAUUCUUCAUGUGAUUUCUUGCAUGGAAAUCAACAAGAAAUUGUUGAAACUAUGAAUCGAGGAAAUAAUUUACAACAAAUAGAAACACAACAAGAACCACAACAACAGAAACAACAGAAACAACCACAACAACCACAACAACCACAACUACUACCACAACAAGAUCAUACUUACUCGACUCUCUUUAAACCUAUUGAAAAAGAUUUGGCUCUACAAUUGUUAAAAAAGAAAUCUCUUCCUUACACGAGUGUGAGAUUACUCCCAAAACAAAAUACUGCUCGACCAAUUAUUAAUUUAGGAAAGCGAGUAAUGAAUUCUAAUGCUGUUUCUUCUACUACUACUGCGACGACGAACACAAAGAAUGAUUUUUUAAAUCCCAACACUUCAGAAUUCAAUUCUCAUUCGUAUUCGAUCAAUUCUAAACUCAGAGAUUUAUUAAGCGUUUUAAAAUUUGAAACGAAUAGAAAUCCAGAAUUAUUAGGAAGUUCAGUAUUCAAUCCUUUGGACAUGUAUAAGAGAUUAUUACCAUUUGUAAGAAUGUGGAAAGAACAAGUACAUCAUGUCAGUGAAAAAUUGAAAAUAUUUGAAAAUAAGGAAAAUUUAAUGUUGUUGCAACAAGAUCAAUACUCGACACCAUCGAAUAAUGAUGAUGAUUUACAUCUCAACACUCAACUUCUUCCACUCUAUAUUGUUAAAAUUGAUAUCAAAGGAGCCUAUGAUUCAAUUCCUCAUCAAAAAUUAUUUCAUUUAAUUUCAAAUUCAAUUAUUAGAGAGGAUGAAUACAUUUCUGUGAAAUAUCAUGUUAUUCGACCAUAUAUUGGAAAGUUAAUAUCAAAAUAUGAGCGAGUAAUCAUGUGUCCUAAUCAAUUUAUGAGAUUUACAAAAUUACUCAAUUCUCAACUUUCACACAAAUAUUGUAAAUCCAUAUUCAUCGAUCAAGUAUCCUAUACAUCGGUUCAUUCCAAUGAUAUGAACAUGUUAUUGAAAGAACACAUUUCACAAAAUUUAAUCAAAAUUAAGAAUGAAUUUUAUAUUCAAGUGAUUGGAAUUCCACAAGGAAGUAUUGUAUCACCUUUAUUAUGUAGUUUAUUAUAUGCUGAUUUUGAGAGAGUGUGUUUGAGUCAUGAUUUACCUGGAAUGCACUCGAGUGGUGGUAAUAAUGGUAGUGGUAGUGGUAGUGGUAGUAGUUCCACUUCACAUUCAGACUUGAAGAAUUCCCACUCAUCAAGCAUUGUACUCUCUUCGUUGGAGAGUAUGAUGAUUGGUACUACUAGUGGUAGUAGUAGUAGUACUUGUAGUAGUAGUCAUAACAGUACGAGUCGUAGAAAUAAUCAUGUUGGUAAUACUGGUAGUGCUAGUGCCUCACAUUCUUCUCAACAUGAUGUGAAUAAGGACGGUACAUGGAAUUACUUUUCCAAUGAGGACUCCACUCUCAAAUAUUUCAUUCAUGUAUUGAAUAGUAAUGCUGCUGCUAGUACUACUACGUUGACUACCUGUGAGAGCCAUGAACGAGUGGAUUCUUCUUCAACCACACUCUUCACUGCUACAAGUGUGCACCAUGAUACCGCUACUACUACUACUACCACAGCUACUACUACUACUAGUAGUCAUGGCACUAAUUUUGUGUUAACACCACCCAUUUCAUUCAUGAAGAGAGAAUUAGUGCCAUUGUUUUCACCCAUUGUUGAACCAUUACUACACAAAUCUCAUCUCUCUACCAGUACUAGCAAUAGUAGUAGUAUGAAUGAUCAUCAUAGCAAUAGUAGUAGAACAAGACAAAAUGGUGCUCAAGUAUUAUCUCUUCCUCAAUAUUUAAUUUCAUCACCCCCUGUGGUGUUUCAAAAAGAAGCUGGGCAAAUUCUUUCACCACCACCACCACUCCCACAACAUGAGGAUACUGUGUCAUUAUCCAAUUCUUCAAAUUCUUCAUUGGUGCUUGUUCCCUCUAUUGGAGUACUAUUGAGAUUGAUUGACGAUUUUUUAUACAUCACCAAUAAUAAGAAUGCUGCACAAUAUUUUCUUGAAAGAAUGCAUACAGGUAAUCCAGAAUAUGGAAUUAAAAUUAAUCCAAAAAAGACAAAGGUGAAUUUUGAAACCAGUGUAAAAUUAACAAGCUUAACUCUAUGUGAAUAUCAUGCUGAACAUUUGAUUCGAUGGUGUGGAUUUAAUAUUGAUACCCAAACACUGAAUAUCACUGUAGAUUAUUCAAGAUAUUGGGAUUGUCAUUUAAAAGAUAAGAUUUCGAGAGACUGCAGAACUCCCGGUUUUAAUCUUUGUAGAAAACUCAAACAAACCAUUAGCUGGAAAUGCACACCUCUCGUGAUUGAUGGUACUAUUAAUUCUCGUUUCACAUGCUAUUUGAAUGUGUAUCAAUUAUUUCUAUUUGUUGCAAUGAAAUUUCACACCACCAUUCGGCACAAGAUGAAACCCCAAUGGGAUAAGAAAAAUCUUGCUCACAUGAAAUCAGCCUAUAACUUGUGCAAGACAACAAUUUCUGACAUUGUUGGAUACAUGUGGAUUUGCAUUCAAAGCAGAAAGAAAGUGAUACACAAAUUUGGCUCGUUUUGUGAGUUGGAAAAGUUGUACGUGCAAUAUUUGGGAGUUUGUGCUUUUCACAUGAUACUGCAAAGAAAACAUUCACACUAUGUUCCUUUUGAAAUUUUGACCCAAUUACGAAUUGUCAAAAGAAAUUUAUUGGCCUCUAUGGAGGAAACUGGGACAAAACAACUCAUGAAACGAGUUACUGAAAGAAGAUUCUCUACGGAGCUAUUGAAUCAUAUUCAAUUCUAA